GGCUUGCUGCUGAAAAGCCCGCUGGAUCCUCCACUGACCUGCUGUUCUUUCCUGCGCUCCUCACGUUUUUUUUCCACAUUUAGAUUAAAAACAAAGCCCUCCCUCUCUAUCUCUCUUUUCUCCUCUCCCUCCUCUCUUCUUCUUUUCCUCUUUUCUGCGGCAGACUCAGUGUGUCAGAGAGAGAGGCUGAAGAGGAGGGAAAAAGCAGAGACUAUUUGCACGGAGCUGAGUGUGUGUUUAUGUUUGUAUGUCUCUCCAUUGGUCGGCUGGGUGAAGGGGCACCAGGAGGAGAGGAAGAGGAGGAGGAGGAAGAAGAGGGAAGCCUGCCUGGAUGAAAUUCUCGGUGUCACUACGUGUGGACCUUGACUGAUCCCAGGGUGAGGAAAAGGGAGAGAGACACUGAGGGGAGGUGGGGUGAUUGAGACUUUCACUGUGAGAAGAAGAAGAAGGAGGAGGUAAAGUCUGGUGCUUCGUUUUAUCAUGACAUUAGUGGGAGAACGAAGCGACGGAUUGAGCGCUCUUCAGUUGUGUGUCAAUAGGAAUUCGUCCUAGAAAAGAAGAGGAGAAAAAACACAAGACUCUGGAAGUAGACUGCUGCCUUCAACCCAGCUAAGGAGCAGGACUUACAGAGAGAGUGUGUGUGUGUAACCGGUGGAGGGCAGAGGAGUGGAGGGCCAGGGGACGAACCUGGCCAUCAAACGGACUGGCAGCCUCCCCUCUCCUGGGAUCAUGUACCCUCAGGGCAGGCAUCCGGUUCCUUUACAACCCGGCCAGUCUUUCAAAUUCACCGUCCUGGAGACCCUGGACCGUAUCAAGGAGGAAUUCCAGUUCCUCCAGGCGCAGUAUCACAGCCUGAAACUGGAGUGUGAGAAGCUGGCCAGUGAGAAGACGGAGAUGCAGAGGCACUACAUCAUGUACUACGAGAUGUCCUACGGUCUCAACAUCGAGAUGCACAAACAGGCGGAGAUUGUGAAGCGCCUCAGUGCCAUCUGUGCUCAGAUCAUCCCUUUCCUCUCUCAAGAGCACCAGCAACAGGUGGUCCAAGCAGUGGAGAGGGCCAAGCAGGUCACAAUGGCUGAACUGAACGCCAUCAUUGGGCAGCAGCAGCUCCAGCACCUGUCUCACCACGCCCCCGGCAUCCCCCUCACGCCUCACCCCUCAGGCCUCUCCCUGGGGGCGGGGGGGUCGGGACUGCUGGCACUGACCGGUGCCCUGGGGGUCUCGGCCCACCUCGCCUCCAAAGAUGAGCGAAACCACCUCGACGCCGAACAUCUCAGAGAGGGAGCGCCCAGCAGGAGUAAGUCAGUGUCAUCAACUGACAGUCAGCCCAAUGAGGAGCGGCAGGGCCCGUCAGGAGGCUACUCCUCCUCUCAGGGAGGAGCCGAGGCCAAGAGGAGGCGCUGCGACGACAAGGAGCCUCUCCCUCCACACUCCUAUGACAGUGAUGGAGACAAGAGUGAAGACAAUCUCGUAGUGGACGUCUCCAAUGAAGAGCCGAACUCCCCUGCCGGCAGCCCCCCCCACUCGCCCCACGGGAACGGGCUGGACCGGGCUCCCACUCUGAGGAAAGAGCUGCCGGGCUCCUCUAGCGCCGGAGAGGCCCCCUCCCCCCCGAACCCCCGCAGCCCCACCCCAGGGAAGUCCAAGGACUCUGCCCAGUUCGCUCAUCGAGCCGGGGGUCAGGUUAUUCGCCUGCAAGAAAAGUCUCAGUCUCCAUUGUCCAAGUCUGGCACCCCGUCCCCGUCCCACCGAGAGGCCCUGACCCCCGGAGCCCCGGGCCCCAGCACCUCCUGCCUGCGUCUGGUCAGCAAAGCAGCCUCCAGUGCAGACUCUCUAGCUCUCCGCAGUCCCAUGUCUGUGCCCCCCGGUUCAUACCCAGCUCAUUUUGGCGUGGUGUCCCAUGCAGGACUGAACGGAGAGCUGGCCAGCCCAGGAGGCUUCGGUGGGGCUCUGACUCUCUCUCCACAGAUCAGCGCUGCAGCCAACGCCUACUCCCGCAGCCCCAUGGUGGCGUAUGAGUCUCGGUCUCACCUGAGGGCCCCGGGGCUGUCCUCCUCUCUGCCUGGUUCCUCUGGGGGCAAACCAGCCUACUCGUUCCAUGUGAGCGCAGACGGCCAGAUGCAGCCGGUUCCCUUCCCCCCCGACGCCCUGCUGGGCCCGGGGAUCCCUCGGCACGCCCGUCAGAUCCACACCCUGAACCACGGAGAGGUGGUGUGUGCCGUCACCAUCAGCACCUCCACCCGCCACGUCUACACCGGAGGAAAGGGCUGCGUGAAGGUGUGGGACAUCAGCCAGCCGGGGAGCAAGAGCCCCAUGGCCCAGCUGGACUGUCUGAACAGGGAUAACUACAUCCGCUCCUGUAAAAUCCUCCCUGACGGACGGACCCUGAUCGUGGGGGGGGAGGCCAGCACGCUGUCCAUCUGGGACUUGGCCACGCCCACUCCUCGCAUCAAGGCGGAGCUGACGUCGUCGGCGCCCGCCUGCUACGCUCUGGCCAUCUCCCCCGACAACAAGGUCUGCUUCUCCUGCUGCAGCGACGGGAACAUCGUGGUCUGGGACCUCCACAACCAGACGCUGGUCAGACAGUUCCAGGGCCACACGGACGGAGCGAGCUGCAUCGACAUCUCCAACGACGGCACCAAGCUGUGGACGGGGGGGCUGGACAACACGGUCCGCUGCUGGGACCUCCGGGAGGGACGGCAGCUGCAGCAGCACGACUUCACCUCACAGAUCUUCUCUCUGGGUUACUGUCCGACAGGCGAGUGGCUGGCUGUGGGAAUGGAGAGCAGUAACGUGGAAGUCCUGCAUGUCUCCAAACCUGACAAGUACCAGCUGCACCUCCACGAGAGCUGUGUUCUCUCUCUCAAGUUCGCCUCCUGUGGCAAGUGGUUCGUGAGCACAGGAAAAGACAAUCUGUUGAAUGCAUGGAGGACACCAUAUGGAGCGAGUAUUUUCCAGUCCAAGGAGUCCUCGUCCGUGCUGAGCUGUGACGUCUCCCCCGACGAUAAGUACAUCGUGACGGGCUCCGGGGACAAGAAGGCCACGGUGUACGAGGUGGUGUACUGAGGACGGGAGGGGACACGCAGGACGGGGAUUUUCUGUUUGUUUUUUUGGAGCAACUGCAUCACCUUAGACCUCCUGACCUGAACCCCUUAUACAGCCCCCAUCUCCCACUUAUUUCCUGUGAUAUAAGCUACUAUGGAAGCUCCAAAAUGCCUCCUCCCUCCUCCCCUUCUUCCACUUUUAGCCCAAGGAUGCGCCAUGAUAGCAGAGCGAGAGAAAGGAAAGCAGUGAGAUAAGAAAGGACAAAGAAAAAGGGCGGUGGAGCGUAGAGAUAAAGUCAGCAGGGAAAGACAAGAAGGAGGAGAGAAAGUGAGAGAGGAAGAGGAAAGAGG